AUGCAGGUACUGACCCACAGACUCGUCAAAUACACCGAUGCUAAUAUCCAUGACCCGACUAGGAGCGACAUGUGGCUCGGUGAUGCUCGACGGGCGAUUGAGUCUUCAUUGCAGAGAGAAUCGGAGUCGACAGAUGGAAUAGCCAGUCUCAAAACUCGAGGGCCAUCACCUCAAGCACUGCCAAAACUAUGGAAGUUUGACCAAGAUGGCUUUGCCGCCGCGGACCACUUCAUACGGGUUCCGGGCAUAUCCGAUGAGGCGGUGAUUCAGUUGACAGGCGGUCUUCUCUAUCCUAACAGCGAGGCCGUACAUCGGGGACAGGAUGGCAACCAACUAGAUAACCGCAAGGCUAGAUGUCAUUACGGUGUCUCAAUGCGGGAUACGUUUGAUCCUGAAGUUGACGGAAAUGGAGAAACUACAGUCUGGUGCGAGCUUGAACAAGCUUGGAUUUGGACGGUCAGAUGA